AUGGCGGCGUUCAGUGGUGCGGCAUUCUACGGUGUCAAUCGCAACCGAAAAAGGCCACGUGUCGUUGAUGAGACGGCCGAAAGAAUCCUUGAACGAAUCGCCAGAACGGCGACGUCCGACAUUGAUCUUUCGGACAGUGACGACGACACUUUGGUAGACACUACAUUUUCGGCUCCACUUCAUACCCUGAGCUCUGAAGAGGACGAAAAUAGCGACGAUGAAUGCCCGUCCACCUCGAAGACGACAAAGGGGCAGUCAUGGAAACGCUAUGAUGGGCCACUUCCGUCUUGGAUUCCUGACUUCACAUCCACCCCUGAUGACAGUCAACAACGGGUUUCGUGGAGUCCAAGUGACUACCUCGUUCAGUAUGUGCCACAUGAAGUCUUCGAGAUGAUGGCUUUUGCCACGAACACGACACAUGUCCAGGAGACUGGAAAAAGUCUGGAGACCUCAGUAGAAGAACUCAAAAUGUUUUUUUUUGGGGGGGGGGGGAUUUCACUGACAAUGUCCUGCCUGUGCUACCCGCAGAUUCGCAUGUACUGGAUGAAAAAGGCAAGGGUGCCUCUUGUUGCGGAUAACAUGACAAAGAACCCUCCGCAGGGGCGCCUGUGA